CCCCGCCCUUGUUUUUGUGUCUAUAGCUGGGAGGAAGGAUACAUUGUCACAAUCUGCGGUCUCGUCGCUGUGAUAACACCCGGACCGCAGACCGCUGCAGGGGAGAAGGGAUUGGAUACUUAUUUGAAGAUGUUUCCAGUGGUGCUAUUCCUCGGACUCGCUGUCCUGGCCACCUCCAUGCCAAUCGAUGACCCAGAAGAUGGCGGGAAGCACUGGGUGGUCCUGGUGGCCGGCUCCAAUGGUUGGUACAACUACAGACAUCAGGCUGACGUGUGCCACGCUUAUCAGAUCGUCAAAAAGAACGGCAUUCCCGAUGAGCAGAUCGUGGUGAUGAUGUAUGACGAUAUCGCAGAUAAUGAAGAGAAUCCAACUAAAGGAAUCAUCAUAAACCGGCCCAAUGGGACAGACGUGUACGCCGGGGUACUGAAGGAUUACACAAAGGAGUUGGUCACUCCUGCCAACUUCCUGGCGGUUCUCCGAGGUGACGCCGAGGCGGUGAAGGGGAAAGGAUCCGGGAAGGUGAUUAAGAGUGGACCCAACGACCAUGUCUUUGUCUACUUCACUGAUCAUGGAGCUCCGGGUCUGCUGGCCUUUCCCAAUGAUGAUCUCCAUGUUGAGGAACUGAACAAGACCAUUCAGUACAUGUAUGACAACAAGAUGUUCAAAAAGAUGGUUCUGUACAUUGAGGCCUGUGAGUCCGGAUCCAUGAUGAAUCACCUACCUAACAACAUCGAUGUUUAUGCCACCACCGCAGCCAACUCCCAUGAGUCCUCUUAUGCUUGUUAUUAUGAUGAGAAGCGAGACACAUACCUCGGUGAUCUGUACAGUGUCAGCUGGAUGGAGGAUUCCGACAUGGAGGAUCUGUCCAAGGAAACAUUACACAAACAGUUUUUACUGGUCAAGCAACACACCAACACCAGUCAUGUGAUGCAGUUUGGGAACCGGACAAUUUCUAAGAUGAAGGUGAGCCAGUUCCAGAGCAGCGGUAAAACUGUGGCCCCUCGCAUGACCCUGGAGCCCAUACACAACCUGCACCUGACCCCCAGCCCAGAGGUGCCCAUGGCCAUCCUCAAGAGGAAGUUCCUGGCUUCCAAUGAUGCUGCCAAGGCCCUGGAUGCGCUGCACAGGAUGAAGGCCCUGCAGGAGGCCAAAGCCUUGAUUAAAGUAUCGGUGGAGAAGAUUGUUUCUAUGGUGACGGAAUCCGUUGAGUUGACAGAAGAAAUUCUUACCGAUCAGACGGAAAUUAACGAUCGCAAGUGUUACCGUGCCGCUGCUGAACAUUUCAAGAGUCAGUGCUUCAACUGGCACAACCCUCUGUAUGAAUAUUCCAUGAGACAGCUGUACACUCUGGUCAACCUGUGUGAAUCCGGAUUUCCAUUAGAGAGCAUCACCCGUGCUAUGGAUAACGUCUGCCAAGGUCUGCACUGACACGGCUGACCACUGAGUCUUCCAGUAGAGGGGGGCACUGGUGAUGAGUAACCCUCUCUGCGAUUUGCCCCAUCUGAAGCUGCUGCCUCGAACCUAAUCUCUACUAUGACCGUUUUUUGCCUUCAAGAUCACAAAUCUUCUAUACAAACUCCAAUCUUCACAUACAAAGCCAAGUCUAUGGAAGACUGUAAUGGUUUUUGGACCUGCAAAGCUUGAGCGAGUCCCUGACCUGUACAACCAAAGCGAUGAGUGUGUGUGUCCUCUCUGAAUGGCCAGGGUGGGGGGGACAGAAACCGCCCCUGAGGAAGCCAAGGCCUGCCCCCUAGAGGCCACCAAACAACAUAGAUCAAAGACUUGAAGAGUGAUGACAAUUCUGGAGAUGCUGCCUGACCAAAGCCAAGGGUCGAAAUUGACUUGUAAUGUACCUGACUUGAGUUUAAUCAAAUGUUUGAUAUUAGGGAAACGACCACAAGCUGAAAAUGUAGCUUUUAACUUCUUAGCAUUCAGAUUUUCCUUCUUUUUUUUUUUUUUUCACUAGGAUGUUUUAACUGCAAAGAAUGUUUUUUAGCGUUGUUCCUCAAAGAUUGAAUCUAUCACCCAGGUAAUAAAUUGUGAAAGUCGA